GAAGUCUGAAAUUCUGAUUGAAAUCAUAGCCAAUCAUGCCCAUAAACCAUUCAUAAAACAUUCAUAAACCAUGGCUUGAAAACCCGUUUCUGUCUAUCCCAAUCGAUUGUUGACUUGCCGAUGACUGGCCGCAUGGCUCCCAGCGGGCGCAACCCCUCGCCCGAGAAGGCCGACUCCAUACCUUGAGGAAGGGCUCCGAAUGGAGGUUGCCGCGACCGUGCGAUGCUUUCGGACCUUGCGGUGGGCUUGCCGCAUGGGCCACCACCGCAGGCAAUCCUAGAAAAGAGACAUUGGUGGACAGGUUUGCUUGUCCUUCUGAUAGUGACAGCUCUCUUCGAGUUUUCAACUCUGGACGUUGUAGGAGGCAUGCUCACAGCUCUGAUGCUCUUUUUGGCCUGCAUGAUGCUGGCGGACGGAAUGGCAGAGCUGCCGAGGUAUGCCUUGGCUUUCUCCAUGCUGUCCAUGCUGUGCCUAUUCUUCGAGAUGGUGCCACUUCUGUCUAGCAUUGGUGGCCGGUCAGAGGUUUCAGUGGAACCGGUGGAUCGAACGACUUCGAAGAAUGAGCUUCGGAUCACGUAUACGACCAUCAUCAAGACUACGCCUUUCUUCGACCGCACCAAAAAUUACAUUUACAACGGAGGUAGCGUGGCCAUGAUUCUGUCGCCGGUGACGAUGUUACUUGGGGCGUAUCUUGCAGGACAAGCGCAUGUCGAGCUGCAGAGCAACGAAACCCGGGAUCCAUCCCCAAAUUUGACUUUUGAGGCCUCGAGGAAUGCAAACAAUCGCACGGUUGCGAGGAUCAGGUUUCAACAGCCGAGUUCGGCAACUGAAACUUCUUCGAACCAGAGGUUUUCUGGACCCAGUCAUCGCCUGGUUUGGAACCCAUGCAAGAAUACGAGGUCAAUCUGACCCAAGUGAUUCGAGGCACUUUUGCAAAUCUACUUGGAAACAGGCCGUUUCCCGUCAUGAAAGCCGUCAAUCAAGUGAUCCGAUUUUUUCUCCCCUUGAAUGCUUGUAUUUUCUCCGUUGGUUGCAUUGGCAUACCCGCAGCCAGCGUGCGACCAACUCAGCACACCGUGUCCUGAAUCGACAAA